CUUAACCUCCAGCGGUGGACUGUUGGUUGUAUUUUGUUCAUCUUUAUUCCCCCACAAAAUCCGAAUCCAAAAAGGAUACAAAAACAAAACCGCGGCUCGACAGCGAAACAAUUAUAGCCACCGAGUCGAGACAGUAAUUACUGAGAACGGAAAGUGCAGGUGAUAGAUGGUGGGAUUUAAGAACAGGUAGGUACAUAAUAGUGAUGGAGGGUUUUCAGGAUCCGGACAAGGAUCUACUUGGAGAAGAAACUCCGGUCAUUCUUACACAGUUCAAUCUCUCCAAAGCCAUUAGAGAGACAGUAUCCUCCUCAACUUCGGCGAGUGCGGUCUCAGCUCUUCUCUCGGAUCCUUCCAUGUGAAGUAUGUGAACCCAAUCACAAAGCUAUGCAUAAUAUGAUCAUCGAGAGAAGAUCACACACAAGUUUAGUCAGAUGAACAAAGUAUCUAGAGUAGAUCAAACUAUUGGAACACUGAAGACGGAUUGUAAUCUCAAAUGAGCCAAUCAUUGUACAAGAAAGAGUGCCACGUGUUUGGAUGUGUUUUUGGAUUAUCCAAACUACAAAAAACGAAGACACUUUUGCAAUCUCAUCUCACCAAUCACAACAGAGAAUAGUGCCACGUGGAAAUAACCCACCUUACCUUCACACUCUUCUUCUUCUUCUUCUCCUUCCGCAAGACCAUCCAAAGGCCACACCAUCUCUCUCCACCAUGUCUGCAGCAUUGAGCUCGUCUCUCUACAUUUCACCAAAGAAACCGUCAUGCCCACAACAAUCUCAACCCACAAUCUUAUCCACGAAACCCACGUCCAUCAAAACCACUCUACAUAGCCACCCUCUCUUCUCUGUAGCCGAUCAGACAGUAACCCUCCAGAUGAAAGAGAAGAUCCUCUGUCUCGAGCUCAUGGGAAUUGACUCAGGCAAAGCCCUCUCUCUCAACCCAUGUCUCUGCUCAGCCUCCCUUGACUCCAUCGAAUCCGUCCUCCAUUUCCUCCAAUCAAAAGGAAUCUACCCAAAUGACCUCCCAAGAAUCUUGGGGAUGUGUCCUAAGAUCCUCACUUCCGACGUCAGAACAGAACUCCACCCUGUCUUCAUGUUCCUGUCGAAUGAUCUCCAUGUCCCUGAGAAUGCGUUCAGAAGAGUGAUCAAGAAAUGUCCAAGGCUUCUGAUUAGCAGUGUAGAAGACCAGCUCAAGCCUGCUCUUUUCUACUUGCAGAGACUUGGUUUCAAGGAUCUUGAAGCUCUUGCUUACCAAGAUCCUAUCUUACUGGUGUCUAGUGUUGAACACACUCUCAUCCCAAAACUUAGAUUCUUGGAGAGUAUAGGGUACUCGAGAGCAGAAGCGAUUGGAAUGAUACUUAGAUGUCCAGCUCUAUUCACAUUCAGCAUAGAGAACAAUUUCAAACCAAAACUGGAUUACUUCAUGAGUGGGAUCAAAGGAAAACUGGAGAAUCUAAAGGAGUUUCCACAGUAUUUUGCCUUCAGCCUAGAGAAAAGGAUAAAGCCAAGACACUUAGAAUCAAAAGAGAGAGGUUUAGAGUUGCCAUUGUCAUUGAUGCUUAAGAGCACUGAUGAAGAAUUCGAGCAAUUGCUCACAAAGGCCUCUUCAGUUGCAAACGGAUAACAUUUAUUGUAUAUGUGGGAGAAUGUUAAUGAUCGUGUUCAUAGCUUUAUAUUUAAUUUUGUUCCAUGUGUCUCUGAAACAAUUGCCAAGUACAUAGCAAUUGCUAGGAAUUUGUGAACAUGAAUGAUUGAAUUCUAUUAAAAGAAAAGUUCGAUUUGGUGAAA